AUGUUACUGGGUCUAGGUCUCGGUCCCCACUGGCCUCGGUUAAAAGGGGCAGGUCGCCACUGGUGCAAAGGCACCGGCGAAGAUCGGGCUGGUGUCCUUCGGGCUGUGUGUUCCUGGACGCAGCGGGCAGGAUUGCGACUUUCUGUUGUCCGCGGGGUGUCGAACGUCCGUGCUCGACUGACUGCCUCCAAGAGACUUGCCGCUGGAUGUCUAGCCAAGUCCCGUCGGGCAGCCUCACUCCGCAACCCGUCUGGUAGCCGCUCCAUGGUCAGCACCUCGCACGACUCCCGCUAUCUGGAGCCAAAAGCUUUGUGGACUAGCCCCCUGAUGACGGCGGUGUACUCUCCGACCGUUUCAUUUUCCAUCUGGACCCUCCGCCAAAAGGUGUGUUUGUGCACGCCAGCAUUGGUUGGCUCCUCUGCGAAUGUUUCGAGGGCUUUCCAGAUAUCUUCUACUGGCGAUUUGUCGUCAAUACCUUCCUCCUCCAGAAUGUCUUGCAGUCUUUCGCUGAUUCUGUCCAAAACAAAGACCGAAUGCUCUCGUCCCGAUAGUGAAGACAAGUAA